GAAGAAGAAGAAGAAGAGAAAGCAAUUUUCAACAUAAGGAAGUAUAAUACUAAGCUUGUAAUAAGAUCACGUUUAGGAUUCCUCAGUAUUUUAUUGAUUUACAAAGUCUCUGAAAGGGUUGUGUUUUUAUGGAGGGAAUCCAAAGGUUCUAAUACGAAUAUCAGAGUGGUACUACAUAAACCGAACAUCCGGGACUUUCUGGGCUCCGGAGACUUCCAUCUUGGCUCAUCCGGAACUUUCUGCGCUCCGGAGACUUCCGUCGUGGCUCAUACAGUACCAUCGAUGUUCAACCUCGUGGUAUGCUUUACGACGUCAGAUGUUUGCAGAUGAAGGAACAAAAAUCACGCAAAUAGCAUGUCAAAAAGAAGAGCCAGACUUAGUCCAGAAGCUGAGGCUAUCCAGUUCAUUUUAUCUGGAAGAGACAAGCCUUGUCUAAAGGUUCAAUGGAUCAGUGUCUAUAAAGGGCGUGGUGUAUUUGCUUGUGCACCAAUCGAAAAGGGAAGUUUUGUUGCCGAAUACCGUGGGGAGUUGAUCUCAAAACAUGAGCGGGACAAAAGACAGAAAAAAUACACAGAGAACCAAAAUGCAUUCCUGUUUGAUUUUGAAUGGAACAGUGAUAUAUGGUGCAUUGAUGCCUCCCACGAAGAUGGCUCUUUUGGUCGGAUUGUCAAUGAUGACCAUAAAUCCCCAAACUGUAAAAUGAAGAAGCUAAUUGUCAAGGAUAAACCACAUCUUUGCUUGUUUGCUAUUAAAAACAUACAAGCAGAGUGUGAAAUAACCUACGACUACGGAGACUCUCUAUGGCCAUGGCGAGCGCUGACACCAAAUGCCGAGAUCCAGACCCAACCUGCAGAAGAGCCAGGAAUGACGGAAACCUGCACCUCGUCCUUCCAAAAGCUCAGAGCAAGAAGGCGAUUACAAAAUCUUAAGCGACAUCAUGAUCGGUGUGAACAACAGUACGACUACACUAAGAUGAAGAUAUUGAAGAGAGAAAGGCAAAGAACUUCGAGUUUAACUGCCAGAAUAAAUGAGACUAUAUCUGAUCCCAAGUCUUCAGAUAACACAGAUUAUGAAGAUAUCGACUAUAUUCCAGACUCAAGUGACACUUCUUCAGACUCAAGUGUUCAUAGCAAGGAGCUAAGAGUGACAGAAGUUUCUCAAAAAAAACAUGUACAUGAUAUUUCAUUGGGGGUGGCUACAGCACACAGUGUGGAGAUCAGUGGUUUUCAUAGUUCUUCAGUGAAAUAUUGCAGUGCUGAUUCGACAGAAAACAUGCCACAAAAUAACAGCUCCAUAAAAGUCACAGCAUUAACAAAAAGAGGACGGAAGAGCAAGUACAACAAGAAGCAAUAUUGUCUGUAUUGUAAAAAACCCAUUUCUAAACUGGCAAGACACCUUGAAACCGCACACAGAAACCAGCCUGACGUUGCAAUGGCUUUCGGUUUUGCUAAAGGAUCUCACAAAAGACGAGAGCUGCUACAGUUUCUCAAAAAGAGGGGAAACUUUGAACAUAAUGCUACUGUGGCAGUCCAAGGUGCUGGAGCAUUUGUUGCUUGUCGAAGACCCACUGUAGAAAAGCAAUCCGGUGACUACCGUCAUUGCAAACAUUGUCAAGGGCUAUAUGCAAGAGAAACCCUUUGGAGACAUGUGAGAAGGUGUCCCCAGAAGCCUUUUGAAGGAGACUCUUCUGCUGGAAGAAAGCGGCUACAACUUGAGUUGCCAAAACCCGAUCAUGUUCAUGAAGCUGUUUGGAAAAUUGCUUGUGAAAUGAACCAGGAUGACAUUUCCUUGGUUGUAAAAAGUGAAAGAGACAUUCUUCGCCUCGGUGAGUCACUGUACAAUGCCAGGAAACCUCAUGAAAGAAGGAAUGAUUACAUUCGCCAGAAAAUGAGAGAGAUAGCAAUGCUGUUAAUAGCAGCUAGAGCUAAAACACCUUUAAUGAGGACAGAAGACCUCGUUAUGCCCAGCAACUUUCCUCAUGUGAUACAAGCAGUUAGAGAUGUUACUGGUUAUGACUUGGAAAGCAACUCGUAUAAAGUCCCAUCCUUGGCCCUAAAAUUGGGGCACAGUUUAGCCAAAGUUGCAGGAAUUGUGCAGUGCAAUGCCAUCAUUGCAAAUCGCCAUGAUGUUGCUGAGUCAGCCAAGCAAUUUUCCACUCUGUAUCAGAAAAAAUGGGCAGAGUCAAUUUCAGCUGCUGCAUUGGGGACACUUCAACAAGCCAAAUGGAAUAAGCCCCAGCUUUUGCCAUUUACAGAGGAGGUGUUGCUGCUACACCAGUUUCUUGCUGCUGAGCAUGAUAAAUGCAUGAACGCCAUGAAGGAAAACCCUACUAACAUAAACUUUGGAAAUCUUGCUAAAGUAACUUUGACACAGGUAGUACUAUUUAAUAGAAAAAGGCAGGGGGAAGUUUCAAAAAUGGAGGUCCAGGCUUUUACAUCCCGGAAUUGCACAGAGCUGAAUCCAGACAUUAUGAUGUGCCUCAAUGAGUUGGAGAGGAAGCUUGCGAAGCACUUUGACAGGGUCGAGAUUCGUGGCAAAAGGUCAAGAAUGGUGGCUGUGCUUCUCACUCCUGACAUGGUCACAGCAAUGAACCUACUGAUGGAAAACCGAAGCAAGUGUCAAGUCCCCACAGAAAAUGUAUACUUGUUCGCACGUCCAGGUGCACUUUCCCAUUACAGAGGCUCUGACUGUCUUCGCAACUAUGCAAACAAAUGUGGUGCAAAGAACCCAGACGCACUCACAUCAACAAGAUUGCGGAAACAAGUUGCCACUUUGUCCACAGUACUAAAUCUAAAAAAGAAUGAAAUGGAUCAGCUUGCUACCUUUCUUGGCCAUGAUGUUCGGAUCCACAGAGAAUUCUACCGGCUUCCCGAGAGUACCCUACAGUUGGCAAAAAUCAGCAAACUGUUGAUUGCAAUGGAAAAAGGAAAGCUUUCUGACCUGCAGGGGAAAGGACUUGAUGACAUCAACAUAGAUCCUGAGGAUAGGGUUGCCACGACGGAUGAGGAUUCUGAUGAAGAAACCAUAGCUGAACCACAUGAGGAGAGAGAUUCAAGACCCGAGACUUCUGGGGACCCAGUGCAGAAUACCGAGUCGAUCACACUGAGAAACAGAGAGGCCACUUCAGAGUCAGAGUUGGACUACUUGGGGGGCACAUCGACAAAAACCAUUGUCAGCCCUGAACCAACAGAUGAUUCACAGCAGGACACACCUUCUGGUACACCUUUGAAGUGCUCCAACAAAAAACAAGAAAUUUUAUUUUGUUGACAGCUGGGAUGGUGAGACGCAAGUGGACAGAUGAUGAGGUGAAGGCUGUUGAACGGCACAUGUUGCAAUUCAUAACAAGCUGCAAAGUACCAGGUAAAAAGGACUGUGAAGCCUGCCUCCGGGCAGAGCAAGUAGCUCUAAAAGAUAGAGACUGGGCUGGAAUCAAAUACUACAUUCAUAACAGAAUCAUAGCAUUUAAAAGGAGGAUGAAUAAAUAGAACUAUAAAAUCCUUAAGUUAACCCAAAAAAAAGUUUCCAGUAAUGGGAAAUUUUAUUUUCAUGGUCUGCCAUUGUAAGAUCUUUGUUGUGUGAAAUUUGAUUUUCUGUUCAUGCAUUUUUCCCAACUCUUUCAUUUAAAGCACCUGUUCUAAUGUCAUAAUUUUCAAGAUACGUUUGGACGUUACUUCUUGUUUAACAAAAUUACUGGAAGGUAUUGUUAGUUAUCACAUUAUCUGUGUUGAUUUUAGGUCUGUGAAUGUUGUUUUUUUUUACAUUUAUAAACAAAUUUUUUGGAAUGGGAGUCAUACAUUUAAUUUGAGUUUAUGACAUUUUCUCAUCCAAUCCUUCUAUUUAUUUAUUUUUAUUAUAAUCUUUCUUUCCUUCUUUCAUUCUUUCCUUUUUUCCUCCUUUCUUUCCUUUCCUUUUUCUUGCCUUCUUUCCUUUACCUUCUUUCCUCUCGUCUUA